UUCCGUGACCUCUCGGUUGUUCUCGCCAGACUCGAGGAGAGAAGCGAAAGCGGCCGCGUCGAUGCCUCUCGACCGAGCAACUCUAGCUUCCUCCGGUCGCUCUGUCGACUCAUCGUCGCUGUCAUUUCCGAGCUCGGAUCCCCCGUCCGAGUACUCCUGGGUCGAGGAGUACCAACGAUCGUACCCUAGAUGGAAGUCCCUGCGAGAUUCCUUUCAGCUGCCGAUCCAGGUUACCACAUCUCGGGUUAACCAGUUCGACGCGGCGCGCUUGGAUGUGGAGAUGUCCGCCAUGUUGAAGGAGCAGCUUGUCAGAGUCUUCUCCUUGAUGAAGCCAGGGUUUUUAUUUCAAUACGAGCCAGAACUGGAUGCUUUCCUUGAGUUUCUGAUCUGGAGAUUCUCUAUCUGGGUAGAUAAGCCCACCCCAGGGAAUGCUCUCAUGAACCUUAGGUACAGAGAUGAGCGCGCUGUGCCCGUUGGAGGCAAAGCAGUUAGAACUGGGCUUGAAGGACCUGGGCUUUCUGUUUCCCAAAAGAUAUGGUACUGCCUUACCACAGUUGGUGGUCAAUAUCUAUGGUCCCGUGUGCAAUCAUUCUCAGCUUUUCGCAGAUGGGGUGAUUCUGAACAGAGAUCAUUGGCACGCCAAUCCUGGCUUUUGUUACAGCGCAUCGAAGGAUUAUAUAAAGCUGCCUCUUUCUGCAACUUACUUAUAUUUCUUUAUUCUGGAAGGUAUAGAAGUAUUAUUGAAAGGGUUCUUAGAGCAAGGCUUGUGUAUGGAAACCCCAAUAUGAAUCGAGCAGUUAGUUUUGAAUACAUGAAUCGACAAUUAGUGUGGAACGAAUUUUCGGAGAUGUUGCUUUUGCUUCUUCCUCUUUUGAACUCAUCUUCGGUCAAGAGAUUUCUUCUUCCAUUCUCAAAAAAUAAGUCAUCUGAUUCUUCUGGAAAUGAAGCAGAGUGUCCCAUAUGUCAGUCAAAUCCUACAAUUCCUUUUCUGGCACUUCCUUGUCAACACAGAUACUGCUAUUAUUGUCUCCGCACACGCUGCGCAGCAGCCAGCUCAUAUCAUUGUGCUCGUUGCAACGCGGUGGUCAUUGCCAUUCAACGGCAUGGAUCAAGUGAAACCAAACCAUCUAAUUUAGGCGACAUCAGAGAAUCUUCAAAUUGACUUUACCUGACAAAAAUGUCAUUUGUAUGUUCUGUGGCUGUAUAAAAUGCUUGGAGGAAAACAUUCAUUGACUUGAAAAAUCUCACAAGAAUGUAGUUAGAAAUUAUAUUUGAAAAAGAUUCAAAAGAGUUGUUCACACCAUAAGUAACAAUUUGAUGCUGUCAGUCACUUGGUAUUCGUCAAAAAUAAAUACCGAAUCCUGAAAUUUUAAGCUGCAUUUGUGAAAUGUCCAGGUUGGUAUGGAUCUCUAACUUUGUCUCCCAUGCAGCAGUGAAGCUAAAAACAUGAGCUGCGGAGCACCUGCUUGAAUUCACCGAACUUGCAGGAGUGCUCGUCUUCCUUGCCUGGGUGAGCUAGAAAAAGGAGGGCUUCCGUGGAUGAUGGUGCUUGUGGAACUAUGACACAUCAAAUAUGUACAUAGUGUGGAAAGAUAAAAGAACCAGGUCUCAUCAGAGGUCUAAUCGUAGCUAAUGGGACACUGGUUUCUAGUAAUGGGAGACACAUGAAUUUGUUUUGUUACUGUAGACGAACAAAGUGUAGAUGAAGACUGUCCUCGUGAUCUUUUAUUC